AUGCGGACGAGCUGCAGAAGCAGAAACCUGCUCUCAUCCCUGGAGCCAACACCACAGCGCGAUGGUCGCAGCAGUGGAUGCAAACUGUUAAAAUAUACUGUCUAACUCAUUUAACUACCUCACAUAGCGCAUGAUUUGCGUCUAUCGCAGCUGGGAGAAAAUAAAACUCUCGCUACGGGUGGCCGCUGUGCUCAGACGACUCGCCGGAGCUCCCACCAACAGUGACCCGGGCAUCAGGAAGAAGUUAAGCUACCAGGCUGUAUGGCUGAACCAGAGCUUCUGCUGGACUCCAAUAUCCGACUUUGGGUGGUGUUGCCCAUUGUCUUCAUCACCUUUCUUGUCGGGGUGAUUCGACAUUAUGUAUCCAUUCUUCUUCAAAGUGACAAGAAGUUGACAUUAGAACAGGUUUCUGACAGCCAGGUUCUUAUUCGGAGCAGAAUUCUCAGAGAAAAUGGGAAAUACAUUCCCAAACAGUCUUUUUUGAUGAGGAAGUUCUACUUCAAUAAUCAAGAAGAUGGAUUUUUCAAGAAGACCAAAAGAAAGGUUGUUCCACCCUCUCCAAUGACAGAUCCUAGCAUGCUGACAGACAUGAUGAAAGGAAAUGUCACCAAUGUGCUUCCCAUGAUCCUCAUUGGAGGCUGGAUCAAUUGGACCUUUUCAGGAUUUGUAACAACUAAGGUUCCCUUCCCUCUCACCCUGCGCUUCAAGCCCAUGCUGCAGCAAGGAAUAGAGCUGCUCUCACUGGAUGCCUCCUGGGUGAGCUCAGCAUCGUGGUAUUUCCUGAAUGUGUUUGGACUACGAAGCAUGUACUCAUUAAUUCUGGGUCAAGAUAAUGGCGCAGAUCAGUCGAGGAUCAUGCAGGAGCAGAUGAGCGGUGCCGCCAUGGCCAUGCCUGCAGAUACAAAUAAAGCUUUCAAGGCUGAGUGGGAGGCACUGGAGCUGACUGACCAUCAGUGGGCGCUGGAGAGUGUAGAGGAUGAUCUGAUGAGCAGAGAGCUGGACUUUGAUGGCAUGUUUAGCAAGGAACUGCCCAGUGGUAUCUUCUGAUGGCCUGGUCACUGCUACUUGGAGCCUUCAAUUUAAAUUUUGAUCAUUGCAGGGAUUUGUUUUUGGUUAAAACAACAGAGAUGGGACAGAUCCCUUCAUGUUAUGCAAAGUUUACAUUCACUUAUUUGUGGUCCUUGUCUUUUAUGUAUCACCUUCCCAUUCCUGUCCAUAAAAUAUCUGAAAUGACUUAAAAUACACUGGUUCUGCUGCUGUAUCAUGCAUAUUAGAAAGCAUUUCUCUGUUAUCUCACCUUUUAGACAAGAUGUUUGGGAGAAAUUAGGUGGCUUUUUGCGUAUUGAAAUGCAUUAUUAUUAGCUUGUAACUGUAUGCCAUCAUAAUGCCAUUAGGUAAUAGAAUGUGAACUACCUAGUGCUUAUUUUUUUCUUGUCAUGCACAGCUAGACUAGCUGUUUAAAUCUUUCAUAUAUAUCAUCAUGUUUUAAAAAAAUAGGACACCAUACCAUUUUACAGGUCUUAAUUCUGUUUAUUUAAUUAUACUUUAACAAUCUUUAAUGACUCCUUUGUUAGAUCAUAGAUAGAUCAGCUGCUCUGUGUCAGCUACCUAAAGUUGGAAGCAGACCCAGAAGUGAAUAGUUGUUGGCAGAGAAUAUGUUAGUGUGAUGGAAAUAUUGUGUUUUUGAAGUAUGUAGACAGUUUAUUUUGUAAUGUAACUCCCCUGUGUUUUUGUACAGCAUAAAGCCUGUUUUGACUAAA